AUGCUGUAUUCGAGAUUCUGUAUUCUGCCGAGAGGAGAUUUCCAUGAUCAGUGGAUCAAAGCUGAGAAAUGCGGCUCAAACUUCCUUAAUCUGAAUGCAAAAUAUGUGUUACCAAGUCCGAAUUGCCCUCCAAAUCAUGAUUUGACGAAUGGAGUGUGUUGUCCGACGAGAGAUUAUGUCUGCUCCCAACGGGACGAUUCUGGAACAUUUGCCGAGGGUAUAGAGGAUAGGCCUCGAUUUGCUUGGAACCAUGGAGUGAAAUCUUGUGAACGCUUCAGCUAUUUCGGCGCAAACGGCAACUAUAACAAUUUUCCUAGCUUCUACAGCUGUCUCAACUACUGCAAAGACUCUAAAAAAGUGAAUUAG